AUGACUUUAAUAUCCGAUCAAUAUGUUGAACUAAAUUCCUCAACCUCUCAUAGAUCACAAAACCACUAUCUAAUAUCCACCCCCUCCACCUCAUCAAUAAUGAGCGAUUCUUCUGAAAGUAUCAAUGAUCUAAACGUUCCUCACUUCUCUUAUGGUUUUUCUGAAGAGCCCAAUUUAGAUGAUUACUAUCAUCGAUAUCCUUCAGCUUCAUUUAAUUCAUCAACUUUCAUGAAAAAACGAUAUAACAAAAAGCAAAACACCAAUUCGUCAUGUUCAUCAAUGAAAUAUCCAGAUUUUCCAAUUAAAGCUCAGUGUCCAAGUUGCAAAAAAUUUGUCACCACACAAAUUCACCAUAAGAAUGGAAAAUGUGUUUACGCAUUAGCCAUGGGUUUAUUUGGAUUAACAGUGGUAUUGUUUUGGGUUCCAUUCUUCGUGGAUUCCUGUAAAGAUGUCUCACACAGUUGUCCAAAUUGCAAUGUCCAUCUUGGAACACGACACCGAUUAUAA